CAAAACGCUGAGCGACUAUUCACAUGCGAGACCUAUGCCAAAGUCUUAAAACUUUCAUCAAUAAUCGAUCCUUCCAGUGUGAUAUCUGUGAUUGUACAUACGUGUUGCGCAGCGGUUUAUCCUUGCACCGAAAAAGUACGAUGGAUCGAUCGUAAUGCCCGAUUUGGUGGAAGAUAUUAAUCGAAAAAAAUUGUAAAACUUUGACUAAACACUAGUUUUUAGAACAACCUUUGCAAUAUAUAACAUAAAAGACUAAGAAAGAGUUGUGCAUUUUGUUAAAGUAGAAUAUACCAAUUCAAUUCGACUUUUCAUGUAAAAAACUCAAACUGAUUUUCAAGAGGUGCUUUGCAGGAAAGUACACAUGACUCUGGCGCAAGUUUACUAUGAAGGCCGUACGCAAACGCAUGGGUCAGCAUCAAGGAGUGUGAAUUUUUACGUGAGUCCCGUAAUACGACCGCAUUCACUUCAUUCUGAUUUCACCGUGAAGCGAAUCGUAAUAAGUAUCAUUAUAUUGGUAUAAAUGCAUAAGACAAGUGCGAAAUAACGUGAUAAUUUUUUACAGUGUACUCGUUUCUUAAGUUGAAAUCCAGUGUGGUGAAAAACAAUUCUACCAACACAAACUGACGUAACGGACGUAACAGCAAUCAGCUGUGCCACAAAACAUUUCUGGUGGCUGGAAAUCAAUGACUAUACAAAGGUGAGGAAGAAGAAGACAUUUGUCUGUUUAGUAACGAAAAUAAGGUAAACAGAAGCACGUGUUGGGGUUGUGACGUAGAUCUCCAAAAACGCGAAAAUGUCAUUUAGAAUUGUGUUCCGCAUUGUUUAACGACGCAGGUAGGCGUUUUCAGCCGUAAACUGUCAUAACUUGUUAAAAUUUCUUUUAAAAAAUUACCGAACAUUGACUUUUGGACAUUGUUUUUUGACUUCCACGUCAUCAGUGUUGACAAAAAAGAAGCCCUUUAAACCCGAGACUCAAACCAUCUCCGUACCUAUCUAUAUUCCAUUGACUGGAAAUGACAACCAAACACAGAAGAAAAAAAAAAACGCUGCGGUACAAGGGGUACAAGAUAAAAAACAAAUUUUGGUGUCUUCAAUGGUCUAGAGGUGCGAAUAAGAAUUCUAACUUUUUAUUGCUAGAAUUUUGAUACCUCGUGUGCAUUUAGGCAAAUGGAAUUGAGAUAAUCUGCUUUAAUAAAAAUCGAGGAACAAUCCGGGACGAUAAAAGUGGAAGAGAUUACGAUAUUCGACACUCUGUUGGAUAUUAUGGAAUCUGAUCCACCGAUCACCAAGAGUGAUGGACAAUUUCUCAGAGAGGAAACGGCAUCACAAAAUGGGUCUGCUAUUGACACUACUAUCGAUAAAACCGGAAAAACGAAAACUACUGCAGCAGCCGAUGGUGGAAUUGCCGCUUCUAGCUCAAGCGAAACAAAUGAAAACAAAUUGAAAACGGACCCUACUGAUGGCAGCCAACGGAAACACAUUUGCAACAUUUAUGGGAAGGAGUACGAAACAAAGCGAGUUCUCUGUCAGCACAAGAAAACAUAUAAUGGCGAACAAUCGUUUUUUUCUGACGAAAGUUGCAAAUCGUUAAGCACAGCCCUCAAGCUCAAUAACCAUAAUACGCAGCAUACAGAGGAAAAUAAAUACAAGUGCGAUAUACGUGAGAAAACUUUUCUCCAGAAAAAGAAAACGAAACACAUGACGCAACACACGAAGGAUCGCGCUCAUAAAUGUUUCAUUUGCGGAAAAGGGUUUAGCUUCAUAUCGCACCUUGCAAGACAUACGCAGUUCCACUGUGACGAGCGACGGUACAGAUGCGACAUCUGCGGCAAAGAUUACAAAUCAGCAGCCAGUCUAUACAAUCACAAGAGGUUUCAUAUAUUCCAUGAAGAUGAGCUACAUAAAUGCCUCAUUUGCGGAAAGGAAUACAAAUCAGUAUAUAAGCUUAAUGAGCACACAAAGUAUCACACAUCCGGUGAGGACGAAUUGCACAGAUGCGACCUUUGCGGGAAAGUCUUCAUUUACCGCUCCAACCUCUUAAAUCAUAAGCACACUCACAGUGAGGAACGACGGCACAAAUGCGACAUCUGCGGCAAGAAUUACAAUCAGUAUAUAAGCUAAAGGAGCACAUCAAGUAUCACACAUCCGUCGAGGGUUAUUCACACAGAUGCAACCUUUGCGGGAAAGUCUUCGGUCGUCGCUCUAACCUCUUAAGACAUGAACACACUCACAGUGAAGAACAACGACACAAAUGCGACACCUGCGGAAAAGAUUUCAAAUUACUAUAUUAUCUGAAUGUUCACAGAAAGUAUCACACAAUUCAUGAAAAUGAUUUGCACAAAUGUUCCAUUUGCGGGAAAAGUUACGCGCGUCACGACGCAUUUACAGAACAUUUAAACACCCACAGUGACGAGCGGCACAGAUGCGACAUCUGCGGCAAAGAAUACCAGUCAGCAAAGAAACUGGAGUAUCACAUGAGGUAUCACACAACCGGAAAGGAUGAACUGCACAGUUGCGACGUUUGUGGGAAAGCCUACGUUCAUCGCUCUACCCUCUUAUAUCAUAGGCAGACUCACAGUGACGAGCGAAAGUACAGAUGCGAUAUCUGCGGUAAGGGUUACAAAAGAGCAUGCAUUUUGAAUCGACACAAGAAGCAUCACACAUCCGGGGACGAUGUACUGUACAAAUGCGCCAUUUGCGGAAAAGGCUUCGUGCUUCACUACGCGCUCAAACAGCAUUUGGAAACUCAUAGUGACGAACUACUGUACAAGUGUGAAAUCUGCGGCAAACAGUACAAAAGCAGAGGUGGACUCUACCUGCACAAAAAGGCACAUCACGACAAACAAUCUUUAAUAAAAAUGGAGGAACAAUCUGGGACGAUAAAAGUAGAAGAGAUUACGAUAUUCGACACUCUGUUGGAUGUUAUGGAAUCAGACCUACCGAUCACCAAGAGUGAUGGACAAUUCUUCAGAGAGGAAACGGCAUCACAAGAUGGGUCUGCAAUUGACAAUACUAUCGAUAAAAACGCUAAAACGAAAACUACUGCAGCAGCCGAUGGUGAAAUUGCUGCUUCUAGCUCAAGCUGGGGUUUUGCUUUCUGUUCCAGCGAAACGAAUGAAUUGGAAACGAACCCUACCGAUGGCAGCCAACGGAAACACAUUUGCAACAUUUGUGGUAAGGAGUACAAAACAAAGCGAGUUCUCUGUCAGCACACGAAAACACAUAAUGGCGAACAAUCGUUUAUUUCUGACGAAAACAGCGAAACGUCAAGCAGAGCCCGCAAGCUUAACAACCAUAAUACGCAUUAUACAGAGGAAAAUAAAUACAAGUGCGAUAUGUGUGAGAAAACUUUCCUCCUGAAAAUAAAAAUUAGGAAACACAUGAGGCAACACAUGAAAGAUCGCCCCCAUAAAUGUCUCAUUUGCGAAAAAGGGUUUAUCUACAUAUCAGAUCUUAAAAGGCAUACGCUGUUCCACAGUGACGAGCGACGGUACAGGUGCGACAUCUGCGGCAAGGAUUACAAAUCAGUAUAUAAGCUUAAUGAGCACGCGAAGUAUCACACAUCCGUCGAUGAUGAUUCGCACAGAUGCAACCUUUGCGGAAAAGUCUUCGUUUGUCGCUCUUACCUCUUAAAUCAUAAGCAAACUCACAGUGAAGAACAACGGCACAAAUGCGACAUCUGCGGAAAAGAUUUCAAAUUACUACGUUAUCUGAAUGUUCACAGAAAGUAUCACUUAAUUCAUGAAAAUGAUUUGCACAAAUGUCCCAUUUGCGGGAAAAGUUACGCGCGUCAAGUCGCAUUUUCAGUACAUUUGACCACCCACAGUAGCGAGCUGCACAGAUGCGACAUCUGCGGCAAAGAUUUCCAGUCAGCAAAGAAACUGAAGUAUCACAUGAAGUAUCACACAACCGGAAAGGAUGAACUGCACAGUUGCGACGUUUGUGGGAAAGCCUACGUUCAUCGCUCUACCCUCCUAUAUCAUAGGCAGACUCACAGUGACGAGCGAAAGCACAAAUGCGAUAUCUGCGGCAAGGGUUACAAAAGAGCAUGUAUUCUGAAUCGACAUAAGAAGCAUCACACAUCCGAUGACGAUGUACUGUACAAAUGCGCCAUUUGCGGAAAAGGCUUCGUGCUUCACUUCGCACUCGAAGAGCAUUUGAAAACACAUAGUGACGAACUACGAUACAAGUGUGAAAUCUGCGGCAAACAGUACAAAAGCAGAGGAGGACUGUACCUGCACGGAAAGGCACAUAACGGCAAACAAUCGGGAUGAAUUCAACGAAACGUUCUAAGCUUUCCGGAUUAAUAAUAUAAUCCCACGAGACACAUGUCAAAGCGCUGAGCGACUAUUCACAUGCGAAAUUUAUGGCAAAGUCUUCAAAUCUCUUAGUUUUUGCACGCAAAAGAAAAUACACACUUCCGUCAAUAAUCGAUCAUUCCAGUGUGAUACAUAUCUGUGAUUGUACAUACGUGUCGUGCAGCGAUUCAUCGUUGCACCGAACGAAGGACAGACUGGUUGUAUACAAAGCACACGAAUGAGACUUGUGUGCACAGACAAACGUGCCACUCGAAGGCGAUUUAAUCGACCAGAAAAAUAAUGAUUAUUUUUAAAUUUUGCUUAGUGGGCAGUAAUGCUGCUAGUUUCGCUAUAAGCAAGCGUGCACAUUCACGAAGAUUUUUCAGGAUUUUUCUUCGUAGAGGCACGUCUGUUUGUCUGCUGUGGUGUAAGGUUUACUCAGAAGAACAAUAUCACUAAUCAUAAGAAAAACAACACUGGAUAGUAAUGGAUCGUAAUGCCCGAUUUGAUAAAAUAUAUUAAUUGAAAAAGUUUUAAAACUUUGACUGAACACUAACUUCAAAACAAUCUUUGAAAUAUGUAACAUAAAAAACUCAGGAAGAGUUGUGUAUUUUGUUGAAGUAGUAUAUACCAAUAAACUGUUUUUGAAGAAGUUCUUCGGAGACAUGCUAAAAGUUAAACACAAGAAAAGUACUCAUGACUCAGGCGCAAAUUUACUAUGAAGGCCGUACGUAAACGCAUAGCUCAGCAUCAAGAAGUGUGAAUGCUUACGUGAGUCCCGCAAUAGGAUCGUAUCCACUUCACUCUGAUUUCAACGUGAAGUGACUCCAGUAAUAAGCACCAUUAUAUAGGUAUAAAUGCAUGAAACAACUGCGAAAUAACGUAAUAAUUUUUUACAGUGUACCAAAUUAUUAAGUUGAAAUCCAGGUAAAAUUGUUUUUCGAUUUCACCACGCAGUUUAUGACGUAAUAGCAAUCAGCUGUGUCCGCUCACGCUCCCUAAAAUGAAUUCAAAAAUGAUUAGAAAACAAUUCAUUUCCAUAAAAAGUGGAACAACACGAAAAUUGAGUAACUCUGAUGUUAUUCAAAAUUGUGUAACCAUAGUAUGAGCAAAUAAUGUGUAUUUAUUAUUCAGCAUGAUGUAUACAAUAUAACUCAUUUUUUGUGUUUAAUAAAACUCAUUUAGUUCGUAAAAAAUA